UCGUCAUCUUCCUCAAUUCAUCAAUGUCCAAAACGUAGAAAAGAAAAGUCACACACACGUAAAACUUCCAUUAUCUCCUUUACUUCUCCAUUAAAACCACAGAUAAACAAGACCCAGAUAGCCCUUUUGGUCGCUUUUGCCUUUGAUGUUUUCUUAACCAUUAACGAGAACGGAGAAAGAGAGAGAGGAAGAGAGAUUGAUCUGUAUUUUGUAUUUGUACUUGUAGAGAGAGAUGUUGGAGAAGAUUGGAUUACCAGCAAAGCCAUCAAUAAGAGGGAACAAUUGGGUUGUUGAUGCGUCACAUUGUCAAGGAUGUUCUUCUCAGUUCACCUUCAUCAAUCGCAAGCAUCAUUGCCGAAGAUGUGGGGGAUUGUUUUGCGGAAAUUGCACUCAGCAAAGAAUGGUUUUGCGUGGUCAAGGUGAUUCACCUGUGCGUAUUUGUGAUCCAUGUAAGACGUUAGAAGAAGCUGCACGUUUUGAGAUGCGGUAUGGACACAAGAAUAGAGCUGCAAAAGGAAGUUCAAGAAUGACAUCAAAGAACGAGGAUGACAUUUUAAACCAGAUUCUAGACAAUGAUGGAAAGGAAUCUUCUUCAUCAGGACAACAGUUCAACACUGACCUGGUUUCUAGCAUUCAAAGGGCAAGUAGCAGUGCUUCAUACUCAAACACUAAACAAGUUACUGCUCUGGAUGGUGGAGGAGAUAUAAGUAGAAGUCAUUCUGUUGAUGAGCACAAUCAUGUAAAUAGUGAGGUGGGAUCAGCCACUCCUGAGGAACUACGUCAACAAGCUUUGGAUGAAAAGAAGAGGUAUAAAAUUUUGAAAGGAGAGGGGAAGUCCAAGGAGGCUCUGAAAGCCUUUAAGAGAGGAAAGGAACUUGAGAGGCAGGCUGACGCUUUGGAAUUGUCCAUUAGAAAAAAUCGUAGGAAGGGUUUGUCUUCUGGCAACACAGUUGAGAUUCAGAAUGAAGAUGGCAUCAAAGAAUCUGUCAGAAAAAGUAAAUGCCUUGCUCAUGUCAAUGAAAAGGAUGACCUAACUGCUGAACUCAGAGGACUGGGGUGGUCUGACAUGGAUCUCCAUGAGAAAGACAAAAAUCCAGUGAAAAUGAGUUUAGAGGGUGAACUAUCUUCUCUUCUUGGAGAAAUCUCGGGUAGAACUAAUAAGGACAUGGGAAACAGUGGCAUUGACAAAACCCAGGUUGUUGAACUUAAAAGAAAGGCGCUAGCUUUGAAACGUGAAGGAAAGCUUGGUGAAGCCAAGGAAGAAUUGAAGAAAGCGAAAGUUUUAGAAAAGCAGCUUGAAGAACAGGAGCUGUUGGGUGUGGAUGAAGAAUCUGAUGAUGAGAUAUCUGCUUUAAUCCGUAGUAUGGACAAUGAUCCAGAAGACAAACUAUUAGCUGAGGGAGUGCCAGAUCAUGGUUUUAAUUUUGAUCACCUUGUGGGCACAUCUGAUGAUCUUGGUGUGGAUAGUAACUUUGAAGUGACUGACGAGGAUCUGGUGGAUCCAGAAUUAUCUGCCACACUUAAAUCGUUAGGCUGGACUGAUGAUUCUGGUAGUUCAGAAACCACUGCUACUCAGUCUGUCCCUAUUGACAGGGAAACACUACAAAGUGAAAUUCUUUCGCUCAAAAGAGAAGCACUUAAUCACAAACGAGCAGGUAAUGUCACAGAGGCUAUGGCACAUCUAAAGAAGGCAAAGUUACUUGAGAGAGACUUGGAAAGCUUGGGGGGUGAAGUAAGCAGCUUAAUUGCACAUGAUCCCACAAUAAUGAAGAAAGGUUCACCUUCUCAAAAUACCAAGGAAAAGAACAAUGUGAGUUCUAAACCCGCACCAAAGAGUAGAUUAAUGAUUCAGAAAGAGCUCUUGGCUUUGAAAAAGAAGGCUCUUGCUUUAAGAAGAGAAGGUAGAUUGGAUGAGGCAGAUGAAGAGCUGAAGAAAGGCAAGGUUCUUGAACAACAACUUGAAGAGAUGGAAAAUGCUUCAAUUGUCAAGGAGAAACAGGCCCGUGGUGGAGUUAAGAACCCAGAUUUGGAAUAUGAACAUCCUGUUAUUUCUGGAGGUCCACUGAUUAGAGAGGAGGAGGAGGAUGUAACAGAUCAAGAUAUGCAUGACCCAGCAUACCUUUCCCUUCUAAGUAACUUGGGUUGGAAAGAUGAUGAUGAUGAGCAUCCAAACUCUUCAUUUAACCCUCCCAAGGAAGAUGAUAACACCAAUAUCUUGGUCACUCAUUCUACAUCCAAUAUCUCGAUGAAGAUACCAAGGAGAAGUAAAGCUGAAAUACAGAGGGAACUCAUAGGCCUGAAAAGAAAGGCUCUUACUUUAAGACGUGAAGGAAAGACUAAUGAGGCAGAGGAAGUUCUUACAGCAGCAAAAUCAUUAGAAGCUGAGAUGGAAGAGAUGGAAACACCCAAAAAAGAAAUUCAGACCGAGUCUAGCAGACUCAAGGACAAAAUUAUCAGACCUGUUAUCAGUGCAGCGGAUGAAGGAGAUAUGGAUGAUAUUACAGAAAAAGAUAUGCAUGACCCAUCACUUAUCUCUAUGCUAACGAAUUUAGGGUGGAAGGAUGAUGAAGAUGAAGCUGUAACUGCACAAGCAAAGCCAUCUAAACAAGUUUCAGAUAGUUCUGUGAAUUCUACUAACCCAUCCACAAUUCCAUUCUCGUCCAGCAUUUCAGCUGCCAGACAAAGAAGCAAAGGUGAAAUCCAGAGAGAGCUCUUGGGUUUGAAAAGAAAGGCCCUUGCACUUAGGCGUAAAGGAGAAACUGAAGAAGCUGAGGAAUUGUUGAAGAUGGCCAAUGUACUGGAGUCCCAAAUGGAAGAACCGGAAGGUCCAAAGGAGCUUCUCAUUGAUGAUUCUGAGGACAAAAAACCUCAUUGUUCUGGAUCAUUAAUUAACCAUGAAAAGCAGAAUAAUGUGAAAAUUGCGUUGGGAACUAGUGAAAAGUUUGCAUCAGCAGCAGGGGAUCCCAAUGAAAAAGUUGUGGAGUCAUUUGUUUGUUCAGGAAGAAAGGAAAGUGAUACAAUUGCUCCUCUUUUACGGAGUCCUGAUAUUUUCAAUUCAGUGUCCUUUGAGCUCAACAAAGGCAAGCAUCCAUCUGUAGGACAAUUGGAUCUCAUGGGUGAAAUCAGAUCCCUAAGCAACUCAGGAAUAAAUCAUGGAAAUGAUUUCAUUCCUCCUGCCCAUCAGUCUGUGAAUGUAAUGGAUUUGCUGACAGGAGAUGAUUGGAACAGUCCUCAAAUACCAGCUGGAAAACUAGAAGAUAAAGUCAAUUUUGGUUCCGAUGCAUCCUGUCUGCCUGAGCAUCAUGUUCAUGUUGGCUCCUUGGGAAGUCACACAGUCAGAGGCAAGGAUGAAGAAAUCAGUUCUGUUUCAGAUAUUUCCCUUUCUUCUGAGCCCCAUGGUCAUGUGCAUGCACCCAAAAAUUUUGGAAGCAAAGAAAAUGCUAGAACAGAACUGAGCGAAGAAACAGUUAAUGUAGGCAAGAAACCACAUGUAGAUGAAACAGAUUCUGUCCAAGGAUUGGUUUCUCAGGACAACAAAAUUUCCCUUCAACAAGAAGUUUUGGCUCGUAAGAGGAAGGCAGUUGCUUUAAAGAGAGAAGGAAAACUGGGAGAAGCUCGAGAGGAACUUCGGCAGGCAAAGCUGUUGGAGAAGAGUCUUGAGGUAGAGACACCUGGACCUGUAGGUGAUAGCCAUGAUGGGUCAACAUCUGCGUCAAAUGCUCCAUCUGCUCAACAAAAGGAUCCUAGUGCCCCAAAUUUGGCUCCAAAACCAUUGUCUGGGCGUGAUCGAUUUAAAUUGCAACAGGAGUCACUGAGUCACAAACGUCAGGCCCUAAAGCUGCGAAGAGAAGGCCGGGUGGAAGAAGCAGAAGCUGAGUUUGAAUUGGCCAAGGCUCUUGAAGCCCAGUUGGAUGAGAUGUCUUCUGCCAACGUAGCAGAACCAGUAGAUGAUGUAGUUGUUGAAGAUCUUCUCGAUCCUCAACUUCUAUCUGCCUUGAAAGCAAUCGGAAUUGAAGAUACCAGUACUAUAUCACAAGGUUCAGAGAGACCAGGGCCUGUGAAAGUUAGUCCUACCAAGAGUGAAAGCAAUAGCCAGGAAAGAAUUCAGUUGGAAGAACGGAUCAAGGCAGAGAAGGUAAAGGCAGUAAAUUUGAAACGUGCAGGGAAGCAAGCUGAAGCUUUGGAUGCUCUCCGACGAUCCAAAUUGUUUGAAAAGAAACUAAAUUCCUUGGCAUGAAUUUGAUAAAUAAAGGUUUGAGAGAAUCUCCCUACUAUAUUUCAAGUAAUAUUGUUUGUGUGAGGUCAAUGGAACACAUUUUAAUUAGAGAUAAAUAAAAUUCCUUUCCCCCAUUACAUCCAUACUAAGUUGUAUUAUAGAAACUACAGUGACAUUGUACCACAUGAAUUUGUUUACUUUAUGGUAUGAGACUGAGUGAAAGAGAGUUCUCAAAUGGUUCGAAAGCA